UAUCAUUGCACACUCACCUCAACACCUUAAGAAACAAACAACACAAACUUUGUUCUUCUUUCUUCUCUCUUGCUCAUCUUGAAUACUUAUCCAAGAAUGUCUGGGGUUUGGGUGUUCAAGAAUGGCGUGGUACGACUAGUGGACGGUGCGGAGGCCAUGGAGGGUGGCCGAGGGUCAGGUGGACGGCGCAAGGUGCUUGUUCACACCGCAAGCAAUGAGAUCAUUACAUCUUAUGCGGUCUUAGAGCGAAAGCUUUAUUCGCUAGGAUGGGAGCGUUACUAUGAUGACCCUGACUUGCUUCAAUACCACAAACGCUCCACCGUUCAUCUUAUCUCCCUCCCUAUGGAUUUCAAUAGGUUCAAAUCCAUGCACAUGUAUGACAUAGUUGUGAAGAACAAGAACUCCUUUGAAGUUAGGGACAUGAUGAUGUAGGCCAAGAAAUUAAAAACAACUAAUCUCUAUGCAUGACCUUGUAAUUUGGAUUCUUGGUUUUGCUUCUAAGUCGUAUGUGUGUUGGUUUGAUUUUUGAUUAGUGUGACUUAACAUGAUUUAGUCACAUUAAUUUGUGUAUUUUGUGCACAGGUUUGGGUUUUGAUUACUAUAUUUUGUAACAUAGAGGCACGUUUUGUUUGUGUUUUCGAGUGGCUGUGAUUUGUGUUGGGGUGCUGUAGAUAUAAAGUUUGGAGUUUUUCACAA